UACGUGUGAAAACAGCACGCGCGUGAAACAGAACGAGUGAAGCUUCACAAAAAAAAACCCGUUGACGUCUGUUAUUCUGAUCCUCAUACGCGUCCCGAGGUCUGACGCCUUAUUGAAGCCCAUCUGAGGCUGAGAGGGGGAGGAGACUGGAGUAAUGAUGGGGAGGAGGAGUGACGCCAGGCUGAGAAAAACAGGUUGAGUUCAAGGCCGACGAGAAGCGUCCACGGGUUCCGGAGCUCUGAGCCGUCUCUGCUUCACUGUCCGGAGCCGAGGAGACGCCGGCGCCGCACAGCUCCUCGCUGAGACCCUGGGACUGGGCCUGGAAGCGCCACCGCUCUGCUGGGAAGAAGCUUCAGCCGGCUCCUCGUCAUGUCUGCUCCGGGCCCCUACAACCAGCCCCCGUACCCCGUGCCUCAGCCUGGUGGACACUCCGUGGCCCCGUAUCCAGCUCCUCAUGGGGGCUACGGGGACCCGAGUCAGGCCCCUCCACCGGGCUUCAACAUGAACUACAGCCCCAACCAGCCCGCAGUCAUGUACCAGCCCGGCCCGGUGGGCCCCGGCCCGGCGCCAGGGCCUCCAGGAGGAAUCGCCCUAGCCCCGACUGGGGCUUCAGUGGGUCCCGUUGGAGUGCCUCCAGGACUGGAGUACCUCACACAGAUUGACCAGAUCUUGAUUCACCAAAAAGUGGAGCUCCUGGAAGCCAUCAUCGGGUUCGAGACCAACAAUGAGUACGACAUAAAGAACAGCUUGGGCCAGAAGAUCUACAAGGCCAAAGAGAAGAACGACUGCUGCACCCGGAACUGCUGCGGGUCCCUGCGCAGCUUCGACAUGACCAUCAAGGACAACAUGGACCGUGAGGUCAUCCACCUCAUCCGGCCGUUCCGCUGCGUCUCCUGCUGGUGUCCCUGCUGCCUGCAAGAGCUGGAGGUCCAGGCGCCCCCAGGCACCACCAUAGGCUACGUCAAACAGGAGUGGCACCCGUGCCUGCCGAGGUUUGCUAUCCAGGGGGCCAACAAGGAGACGGUGAUGAAGCUGGAGGGGCCCUGCUUCGCCUGCAACUGCUGCGGGGACGUGAACUUUGAGCUGAAAACCAAAGAUGGCGAGACUCCGAUCGGUCGUAUCAGCAAGCAGUGGAGCGGCCUCCUGAAGGAAGUCUUCACCGACACGGACAACUUUGGCAUCCAGUUUCCCCUGGACAUGGACGUGAAGAUGAAAGCUGUCCUCAUGGGGGCCUGCUUCCUCAUUGAUUUCAUGUUCUUCGAGAAGGUCGGGGAGGCCAACCAGCGCAGCACCGUGUUCUCAUAACAAGGAGGGAAGGGAAAACCGGCAGCAUGGGAGCACGGACUUCAUCCAGAUACGCUUUAUUCAUCUACUUUGCUUUUUUAUCUGUUCUUCCCCAAAUUCCAGCCACUCUGGUGCUAACCCCCAAAACCACACAAACCAAAAUGGGACAAUAAACUCUUGAUUCCAGAUGUUUGCUAGGUUCUGACACUAGCUGCCACCUUGCCAAUGUUUUGUAGGCUCUGUAUAGUUUUAGAGCUUUAUGACUGUCACAUUGUGAAGUGAUCACCUUUAGCUGACUUUUAAUCCCUGUGAAGGUAAAUCAGCCUCAGCCUCACUGUCUCUUCCAGUGCCUACAGGCCGAAAUAGUGGAUGUUUGAUUUAACUGUAUACUAUAGUGAUGAUGACUUUUCCUGUUUAUGCUGCAUGUUAAUCUAGUUACAUAGAGUAUAAUUAUAUAGAGUAUAAUAGUGGAUGUUGAAGCUGUAUGUUCCUUAGCCAUGCUACUUUACCUGUGGCAGCAUUGGUCACGGUCUACACUGAUAGAAUGGGAUAAUUUCAAACUUUUUCCACAAUUAAUCCAAUGUUUUGUUUUUAUAAACAUGUUGCUGCACUAACAUUAGCAUUUAGCUCAAGGCAGUGGAGCAAUCAGCUGUUGACCCCAGAAUCAUAAAAUAACAGAAGUGUAACAUUAACCACAGUAAAGAGCAGCUGGGUAUUUAGCUGAAAAUGGCUGCGACUUCAGUGAAAGGCUGGUUUCUAUGCAUUAUUUACCAAAGUGCUAUACUACCUCUCCUGCCUUUAUCUUUUCUCUUCCUCUGUGUCCCGUGUGUCUCAAAACCAUUAGUGCAUUAUUACAGAAAGUCGUCAGUGCAAAUGAUCAUGUGUUUCCUCUGUGGUCCAGUGGUUGUCGUGGUGACUCCACGUCUCAUCUCAUGCAAACACACACUAGUCUCUUGUCGCUAUGUUCAACACGAGCCAGUGUAGUCAUACAGGACCAACACAAUGGGGAACACACAGUGGACCGGACUUUAACAGAAACACUAUGACACAACCUGGUGAAAAGACUUGAAUGUUGGUCUUUACCAGUUUUGUUUGCUGCUUUACAAUCAUUUAAAGGAGCAAACGUUGUGCCUUGUUCAGCAAUCACUAGUUGUUAGGCAGAAAGCGUGGGUGUGAUUCCUGUGAGGCUAGAUACCACUAGUUGUUGCAUUUAUGCAGCUCUGCUACACUGUCGGUAACUAAAUGUGUUUUAUGGUCUGCGUGUUUAUAUGCCACAAUCGGCCUUGUUCAGUGUGUCCUCUGACAACAAAUGAAAGCCUCCCAAAGGAUGUAUGAUGCAUAUUUAUCUGUUAUACAUGCUUUUGAAAGUAAAUCUGUCCAUGAUCAUAAGUUUAAAGUUUUCUGUUUCUAUCAAAUUGUUUGUCAUUGUUACAUGCAUUUAUUACAGAAACAAACAAUAUGAAUAAAUAAAAGUUAUACAUUGA